AUGUCGGUUAUUGCUGAGCUGACCGGCCAUUCUGAAGAUGCACGCAACCUCACUGCGUACGCCCAUGACUACAUCGACAGGUGGCAAAGCCUGGGAAUUGCGCAUAGCGCUGCCCAACCGCAUACAACAUUGUCGUAUGGGUCAGACGACUCUCAUGGCCUCUUGUACAAUCUGUACUCUGAUCGUGAGUUGGGUCUCAAUCUAGUCCCGCAAUCUGUGUACGACAUGCAAAGCGACUUCUACCCAACCGUUCAACAGACAUUUGGGGUGCCAUUGGAUACCCGGCAUCAAUACACCAAGGGUGACUGGGAACUAUUCACGGCAGCAGUUGCCUCAACGAGUACUAGGGACAUGUUCAUCAAGCUACUUGCUGAGUGGAUCAACCAGACACCGACAAAUCGCGCACUUACUGAUCUCUACGACACUGUAACGGGAGACUACCCGCAAAUAACGUUUAUCGCCCGACCUGUCAUGGGAGGGGCUUUCGCCUUGUUGCUGCUUACCGCAGGCUGA